AUGGUGACUCAGGAAGCGCCAUGCAUAUCUAGAUGUCUGGAAGAAGCACAUUCAUUAGAUGAAUUCAGUACAUCCUAUAAAGAAGUAAUUAACACUAGUAACAUGAAAAAUUCUGAAGUUUCUGGAGUCAUGGCUAAAGCUGACAUCAAACCAAAAUCUAUAUAUCAUGCCAAAAAAUGGUCAGAUGAUGUAGAGAACUUAUACAGAUUUCAGCAAGCGGGAUACAGAGAUGAGGUUGAAUAUAAACAAGUAAAACAAGUUGAUAUGGUAGAGUGUUGGCCAGAAACUGGAUUUGUUAAGAAACUUCAGAGGAGGGAUAAUACAUUCUAUUAUUACGAUAAACAAAGAGAAUGUGAAGACAAAGAAGUCCAUAAAGUGAAAGUUUAUGUGUAUUAG